CGGCCCCGCGGACUCCCGAGCCGCCGCCUCAGCCUCUGCCGGCGCAUCGCGGACGCCCAGCAGGAAUGAGGGGAGAAUCCUACUUCAUUGGAAUGAGGAGCCUGGGGCAGCAGGGGCACAUCCCAGAGGAUGGAGGACUUCUCUUGCUCUGCUGCAUAGACAGAGACUGGGCCGUAACUCGGUGUUUUGCAGAGGAAGCCUUUCAAGCAAUCACUGACUUCAACGACCUCCCCAACUCACUGUUUGCGUGCAACGUUCACCAGUCAGUGUUUGAAGGAGAAGAGAGCAAGGAAAAAUUUGAGGGCCUGUUUCGGACUUACGAUGACUGCGUGACGUUCCAGCUGUUUAAGAGUUUCAGACGUGUCCGAAUAAACUUCAGCAAUCCCAAAUCUGCAGCCCGAGCCAGGAUAGAGCUUCAUGAAACCCAGUUCAGAGGGAAAAAAUUAAAACUCUACUUUGCACAGGUUCAGGCCCCAGAGACAGACGGUGACAAGCUGCAUUUGGCACCGCCGCAGCCCGCCAAGCAAUUCCUCAUCUCACCCCCGGCGUCUCCUCCCGUGGGCUGGCAGCCCAUCAGCGAUGCCACGCCAGUGCUCAACUACGACCUCCUCUACGCUGUGGCCAAACUAGGACCAGGAGAGAAGUAUGAGCUCCACGCAGGAACUGAGUCCACCCCAAGUGUCGUCGUGCACGUGUGCGACAGCGACAUAGAAGAAGAAGAGGAUCCAAAGACUUCCCCAAAGCCAAAAAUCAUCCAGACCCGACGUCCUGGCCUGCCGCCCUCCGUGUCCAACUGAGCUCACCGCUCCGCCUCAACGAUAAUAUCUGUCUCCUCUUUAUCAUGCUUUUUUUUUUUUUU